AUGGCGUUCAUCAAACAGGACUACUCGAGUCGCAAGCUCAACAUGCCUCCAUUCAACAAGCCCAUGGCCCCUUCUCGCAAGCCUCAUGAGUUGUUGAGCCACCACCUCCCAUCUAAGCACCUACUCUACGAUCCUUUCUUUGGACCUCCUCCAAACUCACCCGACAAUACUAUACCUAUUCCCUUCGCUUCAAAUUGCCUCACUCCUGUGCCUGUACACUCAUAUCAACUCCAGCGGCAGGGAGCCACCUCUACUUUCUUUCAUCCUUCCAAUCUUCCCCCGAUGAGGGCUGACCACAAUUUCCCUGGCUACUCUCCUAAGUCUGCGGACUGUCCCAAGCCCAUUGACAGAGUUGCUUUGCCAAGUGAGAUGCCAAUUGGCAGUCUAGUCCACUCCAUAAAACCCCCAACCUGGGGCGUCAUCAAGAUUGCAAACAUCCCUUACUCUAUCACUAAGCAAGAGAUUCUGCAAUUUGUGGGGAGACAAGCGCGGCUUGUCCCUGGUCACGCAGUCCAUAUCAUCAUGGAGCGUCCGACUGCUAAGACUAUGGACUGCUUCGUGGAGCUACAGUCCCCUGCAGAUGCUGAGGAGACCACAAAGCGUAUCAACCGGAUCUUUGAGACCGGACGUGCACCUCGACUUGGUAAUCGACAUGUAGAGGUCGAGUUCAGUAGCCAGGAUGACCUGCUAAAAGACUUGUUUCCUCGCGCGAAAUGCGUCAAAUGGAAAAACGGCAUGCCUAGCGUCCUGCAGAACACGGAUCCUUAUUCUACUGGUUUCGCGGGAUUUUUUACGACCGAAGAGAUUGUGGGUGCCAUUCGCCAUGCUGAAAUGCCUCAUCGUUCCCCGUUUUGUGCCAAGUGCCCUCAACGCACUUAUGAGUCGACUAUAAGCACGCUUUACAAAUUUCCUUGGUACGCAACCCAGCUUUACACUGUGCAUGACCGUAACCAGCUAUUCGAGUUGGCAAACCGUCAUAUCAUUUCUCUCGUUUCUCGGAUGAAAAAGUCAAACACCGUUGGACUUGACCAACGCCUGCUACGCGAGCUCCUCCAUGCGGGACUCAGCUGCCCUGCGUUCAAUGAGCGUCAGAAGUAUACCCUUUGCGUCAACUCCGAUGAUGAAAGCGAGAUCAUAAAAAUACCGGACACAAGCAAAUGGUUCCCCUUCGAUACUUUGGUCCACCUGCCAAACUUUGACCAUGGUACUUGCAUGUACUAUGCCGGAUUGAUUGCCAGGGGUACAGCUCAGGAUGCCAGCCAUGAGCUACCGAACAAUUUUCCCGUAACCAACUUCAACCUCAUCUCACCCUUCGGCCGGGUGUGGUACGAAUGGCCUAUCGAUGUCGCAAAACGCAUUGCUUGGGAAGACGCCGCCCAGCACGAAACCGCCGUGCUUUCCAGCCUGGUGUUGAGUGGCUGGAUGAACACAGUUAAUAAGUCAAUUUCAGGUGGCAGCACCCAUAGCAACCUCACCAUCUCCUCUCCUACAACCGAACAAAGCGCGCCCCGCACUGAUAACUCGUCUCGAAUUGACAUCAUGCAAGCCUCGUCGCGCCGUGCCAGCGAAUGCUGGAACAGUGGCAGCGCUCCAUUUGGUGACAUCGAAGACUGCUGGGGCCAAAAGCUUCUUUUCAACCCACAGAACAGAUUCCGGACCCCGUUUCACCGUAUCACUCAUUCGUCUCCCAACUGCGUUUCUGAAUUAGACCACUGA